AACACAUUAUUGAAACGCCACGCCACACAACGUGUCGCCACCCCAUGAGCACUGUGCACAUUACCAACACGUGAUGCCACGACACGCUCGCAAUUUUUUAAUUCAGUCUAUGUGCGGCGGUGAACAUGUAUAGUCGUGUACUAUGGAUCUUCUAAAUAACGAGUCAGAUGAAGAUUUUGAAGAUGGAUUGAUGCAAAUUUUGGGUACAUAUAUGUUACUAAAACGACUCAAGAAUAAGAAACAAACUAGACGUUACUGGGUGCAUGAAAUAAAUGAAAAGAGAAGUACGUGUGGUGAAUAUCAUGCUCUUUAUCAAGAUUUACUUAAUGACAGCGAAAGAUUUCAUAUGUAUUUUCGGGUUACUAAAACACAAUUUGAGGAAAUACAUGAAUUUAUUAAAAAUGAUAUACAAAAGAAAAGGACAACAUUUCGCGAAGCAAUCAGUACAAAAGAAAGACUUGCUGUAUGCCUCAGGUUUUUAGCCACGGGCAAUUCAUUUAGAUCGAUGGGAUUCAACUAUCGAAUGGGAUUCAGUACCGUACGAAACAUUGUGCAAGACGUUUGCAAUGCAAUUUGGAAGAAAAUGGGUCCUAUUUAUAUGCCCAAACCUACAACUGCAAUUUGGCAAGAAUCAGAAAAUGGUUUUAGAAAUUACUGGAAUUUCCCAAAUUGCUGUGGAGCAAUAGAUGGAAAACAUGUGAAUAUUAUUUGUCCUAUAAAUGGUGGUUCAAAUUACUGGAAUUAUAAGGGAACUAAUUCAAUCGUGUUACUAGCUGUAGUAGAUCCAAAGUAUAGAUUUUUAGUUGUGGACGUCGGAUCCUAUGGUAAAAACAGCGAUGGUGGCAUAUUUGAAAAAUCCAUUUUAGGAGAAUUGCCAGCCGCUAACCCUUUAACUCCAAAUUCAGAACCAUUGCCACAUGUGAUUGUGGCAGAUGAAGCUUUUCCCUUAAAACCAUUUUUGAUGCGACCCUACAGUAAGAAUGACGUUCGUAACAAUGAACCCAAUAAAAUAUUCAAUUACAGACUCAGUCGUGCUCGACGAAUAGUCGAGAAUGCUUUUGGCAUCUUAAGAUCAAGAUGGCGUGUAUUUGCAGGUCCUAUGUCAGUACAACCUGACAUGGUCGACAAAAUAGUUUUAGCAACAUGUUGCUUACACAAUUAUUUGGGCACGGAUAAUUUACCCUCGAACUGUGAUCAUCCAGAGACAAAUAUGACAGAAUCUACCGCCUUUGACAAUUUAAAUCCAAUUCGUAGAAAUUCCACACAAUAUGCUUUUACAGUGAGAAACAAAUUCAAAGAAUAUUUUAACAGUGAAGGCGCCGUUCCGUGGCAGCUUGAUAUUGUGAGGAGAGGUAGACAACAUUAAUAACAUGGCUACUCUUCAAAAAAAUCACAAAACUAAGUUCAUACGAGAUAUAUGUAUAUUUAGUUAACAUAGGUGUUCGGGAUACCCAGAACGUGAAACCUUUUUUAAUGUAAAACACCAAAACCUAUAAAGUAGGAACCUCUUUGUGUCUGUGUUUUGUUUUAUCUUUUUUUAAUUUUUCGUUGUCAAAAAUAAGUCUUGCGGAAUACAACUCUCUUAUAUAAUUUUCACGAAGCAUUUUUUAUUCAAUUUUAUAUACAGUCCUAUCCAAUAGGUAUAUAUAUUCAAGUAAAAAAUAAGUAUAUUCUAUUUUGUAAUAAAUAAUAUUCGUAAUAAAACUUA